CGAUUGUCCAUCUAUCUUGCCGGCGCGCCACGUACUUCGGAUUGUUGUAAGUUACAUAGAUAUUGCGAAAAUGACGGCGGUCAACCGAUUGAGAGAUCGGGAUCGGAACGAGCGCAACAAGGCCUUGUUUACGUUAGCAUGCGCGGGCUUGAUCCCCCGAUAAAAUUGUGGCACUAACGAGAUCGUCAUACCAUGCAUUUCCGCCGGAGGACAUAUAAAAUCGCAUGCACUUGUCCACCCGCACGCAGAGCGGUGUUGUUUGUCCGGUCGCAAAAAUGCGACCGCUCUCAGGUGUCUUGCUGCUGCUGCUGCUCCUCAACUGUCAGCUCGUUACGCCGACACCGAUUUUCGAUAGAGAUGGAGCAGGUUUUCGUGGUCGAUCGACUGGAUUCGGAGAAACAAUACGAGAUUGGUUCAAAGUGCUCAAGGACCGAAUCGUGAGAAAAUGGCAAGAGUGGUUCGGCGAAGACAGUCCAACUUCGAGUUUGUCACCGCAGGAUAUUUUGAACAUCGAUAAAAACAUAGGGGGUCGAAUACCGGGUUACCCAGGCUUGGUCUUAGAUUUGUCUAGCCUAACUUUUGACCCAAAACGAGAUUGGGGCGUCCGGAUUGGUAAAUGGUACAUCAUCCGGAAAGUUGCAGGCAAUGACUACGACAGUGAUUCGGAUGAGUGGGAUAUGAGGCCCUGGUUACCGAAUCUGCCCUCGCCACCCACAUUCGGGAUCGAGUGGACGCCCGACUUCCGCAAAUUCGGAACUUCUGAAACUACGCAAUCUCCAACGACUACGCCGAAGAUCGAAUCGACUACAUCGAGACAACGGACGACCCAAACUGUUACUGAAACGCAAUCAGCCUUAACUUCUACUGGAUCAACUGUAACGACCACUGAGGCUACCGUAACUUCUACCGAAUCGAUUUCACUUACUACCCAGUUAAUUACAACUUCGGUAGAGCCGAAUGCAACGUCAACUGAAGAAAUCUUGACUUCUAGUGAAUCUGUUGUAACGGACAGUGAACUAGGUACGAUACCUACCGAAUCUACAGUAAUAUCCAUCGAGACAAUUACCGAAAAAACUGUUCCAUCCAUCGAGUCUACUGUGCUUACUGUCGAACCGAUAUCGUCCACUGAAUCGACUUCUGUUAAAUCAAUUGAAACAUCUAUCGAAUCUUCUGAAAUUACUACUGAAGCGUCUGAAGCAAGCGUGACAUCCACUGAAGAGGUAACUGUUAUUACUACUGUCAAUGAGUCACCUAUAACGUCCACCGAACUGACUUUACCUAUCUUCAACAAGCGAGUAGAAGAGAACGAGACCAUCAAUAAACGUACCACAAAGAAACCUCGUCCAGCAUCUGCCGAAGUCAUAAUUUAAAAACAAGUUACAUAUUAUCAGAGAAUAAAUUCAGAUGUAUGUCUUGGUCCAAUCUUUCUUAAUAAAGUUUUAAAGUAAA